UAAACAUCAAAUAAAGAAGCUAGAAUGGUUUCUGUUUUUCCUGCAUCAGUAAACGAAGAGAAAUAUAUUUUAUCUAAAUUAAAUUCAUUUAAACCACUCCUUAUUUUGCUAAAUGUUAGCGGAAUGUUGCCUUCUCUGACCCAGUUCCGUAUUGUGUCUUCAGCUAUUGAAGAUAUAGACGUUCUGUGUAGACCCGAUCUAGCAGAGGACGAAUGUCACACAUUCUCGGAAGAGACGACACGGAAUAUUGCAGAUACAAAUAUUUCUUCAUGUAGCUCCACUCUUGAUGAUAAAGAGAGAAGUAAUUCGAUUUUAUAUUUGUCUGAAAUGGGAACACAAAAUCCUGCCUUAAGAGGUUACACCUCAACAAUUGACGCUACUAAAAUGAUGGCAAGAUCGUCUUCUACAGUUCAAGAAUUCAGCAGUGAAGUUACUUACCUUAUCAAGUGCAUCAGGUAUCAUCAAAAUCUACUCAAGUUCUGUGUUGAAGUAAACGAUUUUCUGAGUAACGUCCUUUUGUUUGAUCUGAUAAUAUUUCAAAUUUUAAUGUGUCUUCCACCUCUUCAGUUGAUUUUGGGCCAGAACGUCAGCAUGCUGAGGUUUGUUUCCAGUAUUGUUGACACGGGAAUCUGGCCGUUGUUAAUCUGUUUCUGGGGUGAAGCAUUAUCUAACCAGAGUUUGUCGGUACAGAGGGCUGCUUAUGGGUGCAGCUGGUAUAACCGCUCUCAGAGUCUGAAGAAACUCUUGCACUUCUUCAUCAUGCGCUCUAAGAAGCCUGUCAGAAUGACUGCAGGAAAGUUCUACUACAUCUCGCUGGAGACAUUUGCUGAUAUUGAAAACAAGGUGUACGCCUACUUCACACUGCUAAAGAACUCUACGUAA